AUGACACCUACUUCUUCCUUUUCGGUAACUACGACGACGACUUCACAGGCGCCCACCAGUACAAGUUCUCCUUCUGUAUCAUCAAAAUAUGUUAUUUCACACUUCAUGGUCGGAAACUCAUACCCCUAUACCGUGGAUAAUUGGCUCGCGGACAUCAUUCUUGCACAUUCCAGUGGAAUCGAUGGCUUUGCUCUGAAUGUAGGAGUGGAUACUUGGCAGCCUUCGCAGGUGGCCAACGCUUACCAAGCAGCUCUCCAGUCUGGAACUGGGUUCAAGCUUUUCAUGUCCUUUGAUAUGUCUUCUUUGCCUUGUACCACAGCUUCCGAUGCUGCAAUUCUUCGUACUUAUAUAACUACCUAUGCCACGCACCCAAAUCAGUUGAUUUACAACGGCCGCGUUAUGGCCUCAACUUUCUCUGGCGAAACUUGCACUUUUGGACAGGGAUCCGUCGUUUCUGGAUGGUCUACUCAAUUCGUACAACAAUUGACAGGAUCUUCCGCAGUUCAUUUUGUGCCAUCAUUUUUCGUCGAUCCAUCACAGUUUAAUACUUACAGUGGGGUGAUCAAUGGCAUGUUCAACUGGAAUUCCGGAUGGCCAAUUCAAGUCACGACUUCAUAUGUAUCGUCCAUACCUGGUCUACUUGGAGACAUCGCUAGUGGUCUAUCCUCCACCGUCAGCUCUCUAUUGUCUAAUGUCAUCGGGUCAACGAGUCCGGACGAGACAUACAUCUCGAGUUUGGCUGCAAUGAGUGGCGGUCAAUCGUACAUGGCAGCUGUGUCUCCGUGGUUUUUCACCCAUUAUGGCCCGUCAACUUACAACAAAAACUGGAUUUACCUCAGCGAUGAUCACUUGUACACUACUCGGUGGGAGUCGUUGAUCAAUAUUCGCGACCAGGUAGAUUUCGUACAAGUCAUUUCUUGGAAUGAUUUCGGAGAGUCGCAUUAUAUUGGUCCGAUAGAGGGAGACCAACCCAUGAGUCAAGCAUGGGUCGAUGGCAAUGAUCACACUGGCUGGCUCAAUCUAACGUCCUAUUACGCCGCAGCCUUCAAGACAGGAACAUACCCCACUCCGACCAAAGACCAGCUCGUAAUGUGGUCGCGUCCACAUUCUGCCUUGGCUUCUGCGUCAAAUGACCCGGUUGGACCACCAACCAAUUACCAGAUUACUUCAGACAAUGUCUGGGCCGUGGUCCUAGCGACCUCCCCUGCCACAGUCGUACUCUCGACAUCAUCUAGUCAAUCACAAACUUUCAACGUCCCGGCCGGCGUUUCGAAGUUAGCUGUACCCAUCCAACCCGGCGGGACCAUGCAAGGCACACUAACCCGAGGAGGGCAGACCGUCAUCGAUCUGCAGGCAACAAACUUCACUUUUGAGGCUAACCCAACGACAUAUAACUUUAAUGUCCUCGUUGUUGCCUCCCCUUAG